UACAAGUAUCGCGAUUGCUUGCUUUGUCAGUUUAGGCUUUGUGGUUACGCGAAAACGAUUUAUUUUUGCUAAGUAUCGACAUUUUAAAUUAAUUUCAGCUUGUGCCGUAGAUCCAGAGAGUCUGUUGAGAUGAGUGCCAAUGGCAACGAUCUCACCGGUUGGGUGUACGUUGGAAACAUCAUGCAGCGAACGGAAGAAGAAGCAAUUCGUCGAAAAUUUCCAGGAGCAGAUACUUUGAUUGAGAGGUGUACAAACGCAAGUUACCACCCGAACAAAAUCGCUCUGCUGAAGUUUUCGACCCGCGAAGAUCAGCAGCAAGCAUGUUCGAAGGAUAUUGGUUUACUCUCGAAGAAGCGCAUCCUGGUCUUCGCGCUCGAAUGGAACUGGACUUUUAGCCCGAAAACAGCAGUUAUGGUCAAAAAUUUAGAUAAGCGUUUUGAAGAAAAUAUAUUAUACGAUUCAUUCCAAGUAUUCGGUGAAGUUGCCGUUGUCCUAAAACCUACCUUCAACUACGCGUACGUUGCUUUCAGCAGUCCUCAGUCAGCUCGUAAGGCGCUCGAGCAGAGACGAAUGAAAGAUACGAUUAUAGAAAUUUUUCCUCUGCAACGGGAUAUUCCAAUGGCUCAAGCUCUGCCUGAAGAACCGUUUCAGACUAUUAAAGAAAAAUGUCAGGCAUUCGGUUUGAAGUACGAUAGCUUAGUUGAAUCCCAAAGGCAACUACUAGUCACCAACAUUCCUCGUUACGCAGAUGAAGAUGAUGUGCUGCAAUAUCUCAAACAGUUCGGAACCAUCAAAGAGUGGAAAAUGUUCCCAUCUACCUAUUCGGUUCUUACUAACAAUGGAUUGGUUAUAUACGAAACCAGUGCGAUGUCCUGUGCGGCUUAUCUGCAUAGCAACCAUUUCUUCCAAGGUGUCGCACUGGAGAUCUACUAUACGAUUAUAACGUACAACGAAAUUGUUUCCACCCAAGCUGUGCUGCUUAAAAACACUAGCAUUUAUUUGACGAACGAAGAAAUUUACACGGCGUUUAGCUUGUGUGGCCCGAUCGCGUAUCUGCACCGGGCAGACACACGGCGGCGAACAAUUGUCCGGUUUCAGUCUGCCGAGGCCGCACAGCGGGCCCUAAACGUGGAAAGAAUUGCCGAAGAGGAUGUUUUCGUGUCGCUGUACACAGAGGAAAACUACAACGCAACCGGUGCUCUGACUGAUCUGCCUCUCAAACCGAGUGCACUUCGUAACGGCAAACAAGAACUGGUGGAAAUUCUAGCAGUGAUAGAAGCUCAAAGCCUAAUUGAAACGACACAAAGUUUUAGCUACUACAAUCCUCAACCGGAAAUUUACAAAAACGAAGUGCAAGUUAUGAAUUUUCCUAAUGAGGUAGCACUGGUUGAUUUCAGGAAGCAUUUCCUUUUCCACGGAUUAGUAGAGCACGUUCGAUACGCAAGUGUUCAUGGUUUUAGUCGACAAGUGGCAUAUCUGAGCUUCGCUACAGGCAUAGAGGCAAGACGAGCGUGUUCGAUGAACCAGACUAUGAUGUAUGGUCACAGGCUGGUGGUCUUUAUGGCAUGCGAGAGGCUACUGUUCAAUCCCGAGUUGACAGUGCUAGUGACUAAAUUGGAUGAUGCUGUGACAGAUGAAAUGAUUUACGACCGAAUGAAUCAACACUCGCCCGUAAAAUUUGUAAUUCGUUUGAGGGGUAAUCAGGCUGUUGUCACUUUUCACAAACAAUCGGAUCCGUUAGAUGAAAAGCUACAUUCGGCGAAACAUGAUUCGAUUGUCCAUUUGAUGGCUAAAUUGUACUCAUUACAGCAAGCCGCCACGGUAGACGAAUACCUAGAGACUCUAAUGCCGGUCACGAGCGCGGAGGACGAUGCAUUCGAAAGCACACUUCCUGAGCCGAACAAUGAGCUUGCUAAAGCUACUAGUUUCGAAGCACCAUUACGAACUGUCGAAACAGGAGUCUUUAGUGCCACAACAGAGGCUGCCAAAGCACCGAUUGUCGGUGCCCCUAUCCCAUCGCUCAUUUCAAACCAACGAUCCGUAGCGCCCCCACGAAACAAAGGCAAUCAACAGCCUAUACCCCCUUCAUCAUCUUGGGAAAGUGUGCCUUUCGCGAUGGCUUUUUCCAAUCCGUUGCUAGCACCUGCGACUAUUGUCCAGCAUACUCCGGGCAUACUUUUACCCAAUGUGAUGAUGUUUGCUCCACCGGAAAACACCAGCCAACAAGAGUUACCACCAAUAACCCCCGCGAUGCUUAUGCUGAUGCAAAAGGUGGAGACAUUGAUGCAGCACAUACCGACAUUCACCAACAUGCCGAUGACAGAACAGUUUCAUCUAAUUAAUAGUAUUGUUAAUUACAUCAUCACCAGGCCAAACUAUUUCGAAAUACCGCAGGAAGCCAGAUAUGCCGCCCUGCUGGCUGGCCAGCAUGGAUUCCGGUACGCGCACGUACUGUACCGGUUCACUCGUGCUCAUGCACUGCAGCUUCUCUCGUUGAUCGAAGCAGACUACGUUGAAACCGUCAACAAAGCAAUGGUACAAGCGGAACCGGCACCGGAAACGGUCCCACAACUGACUGAUAUGGAAAAAAUUGGUUUAGUAGCCGCCGUAAGUGAGCAAUUCCAGCAGAUACCGCGCCUGGUCGAAAUGAAUAUGACUGACAAAGUUAACUUUCUUCUGGGCGGUUUCAAUGGCUUCAAAUGUGCUGAAUUGUUUGCACGACUAACGCCCCCGCAGCAGAUAGAGCUGAUAGAAAACUUGCAACUAGACUAUACACCAACGGUAACAGAUCCACCUGAAACAACAGCUAACGCAGCGACAAGCACCCCCGCCGCGAUACAAGAAGUUAUGCCACUGACAAACAACCACAAACCACCACCACCAGAACCUGUACCUCCGGUUGCUCCUGUCAUAAAUCCUGCUCUACCUUUUUACUCCCAACCGUGUAAUAACUACCUGUACUCACAACCGCUCGAAAGGCAUUCUAAAGCGGAAGUUCUUGAGCCUCGGCCCUGUCGGGUGUCGCCGGAUUACAGACGGCCGCCUGUAUAUGACAGCAGAAUGGCGCCACGACCGCGAUACCCCGACCGCUAUAGACAACGUUCGCCAUCUAGGUCUUCCUCGGAUAGCGAGUAUGGGGAACCGUCUAGUCGCCAUCGGCGAACCCGACGCCGUUUUACUAGGUCUAGAUCGAGAUCUAGAUCAAGAUCCCGAUGUAGAGACAUCUCUAGGUCCCGAUCGAGAACUAGAUCGCCACCGCGCUGGAGUUCCUCAGAAAGUGAGACAGGUGAAUCAAGUAUUCGGAACACAAAAGAGCCGCAGCCAAUCGUUCUGGUCAGCCAUGUGGACGUACACGUAUCUAAGGAAAAACUAACCGAAAAACUCGCGCAAUUCGGUCAAGUUUUGUCCAUUAUACCGAGUCCUAGCAGAAAUGGCUGGCGGCGAAAAAUCAAGCGUGUCUAUGUUGAGUUCGAUACGUACAAUCAGGCUCUGCAAGCACUGGCCCUGCAUCUGACCCUCUUUCGGGGUCAUCUGCUACGGGUAAGGUUCGCCAAUCAAAGACGCCGUUCGGCGCAGCAGAUGUUAUACGCUGUGAAGGUAACAUAUCUAGAUCCCAGAACGGUAGAGCCUACGGUGCCACGUCAUGAGCUGCGAGUUUUGGAGCGAUUCCGGAAACAUGGCCCCAUCGUCGAUCUGUACUCGCGGGAUAUUCUAAAUUACAUGGUUGUCUUCAAGCAUAUCACCUCGGUUACUACCGCGCUGAAAGAGGACUACAUGAGACGGGAUGUGAAGUGUGUUGUUACGAGAAUGAGUAACGUUGAUUCGAAUUAAGCUCCAGAGGGGUUUAAAAAGAGAGAAAGAGACUUAUAAUUACUGUUGAUACUGUA